UGAAGAGAUUGCACAUAGCAUUGGUUGGUGGGAUCAUUAGCAAGCGAGGCGUGUAUAUGUAAAUGUAUUGGACAUCGCUCGUCCUUGCGCCUCCGCACCGCACUGAGUCUCCUUCCUUGCAUCUUAUCCCGUGUCCUGCAUUUCAAAACCCGGCCGCCAACCUCGUCAACACAACUUGAAGCCUCGAAUUUCGGAGCUUUUCAAUUGAGUGAGCAUUUCCGUCAACUUCCCCUUCCCGGUGCUCAACUGACUUGUCGUGCGACAGCGAUCUUACAACAUGGAGCCCUGGCAAUCGUGGCUCAUCGCCCUCGGCGCUGCUGCAGCUGCCUACUACUACUACGUUCAGCACGGCAAGCCUGUCGCCAACAGAACUCGUGCCGCGUCAGUCUCGGACUUCGUCGCUCCUCAGCCAAAGGCCGCUCGUCGACGAGACUCGACAAAGCCCAAGCCCAAGUCCGAGACGACAAAGGCCGCCGCCGUCACUCUCCCCGAGUUGAGUGUUCAGAGUGGUGAAGACAGCACCACCAAGGCCCCCGAGGUCUCCAAGAAGCGCAAGGCUGGCAAGAAGCAGUCGGUUGCACCAGCUCCUUCGCUCACACCAGCUCCCGCCCCCAAGCGUCAAGAGCUUGACGACGAUGUCGCUGAAGAGGAAGACAACAAGGCCUGGGCCCAACAGCUCGCCAGCCUUAAGAAGGGCACCAGCCUUGCCCCUCCCAACCGCACAGACUCGCGCAACAGAACAGUGAAGCAGUCUUCCAAGAACUUCUCGUCGGCCUCGUCCAAUGCUGACAACGCUGACGACGAUCUCACCCCUGCCAUGUCGCCACGUUUGGCUGCUGGUGACGUCUCAGACAUGCUCGAGCCCACCGCUGGCGGCCCAUCCGUCCUUCGCCUCACCGGCUCCAACAAGCCUACUAAGGCCAACCAGCCUCGCCAGCAGUCACAAGCCGAGGAGCAAGAGACCAAGAAGCAGAGACAAAACCGUAAGAAGGUUGAGGAGCGCAGGCUCCAGAGAGAGGCUGAAGAGAAGGAGCGUCAGACCCUCCUCGAGACCCAACGCCGUACUGCUCGUGAAGCUCGUGGAGAGCCCGCGAAGAACGGCAUCCCCGUCUCCAAGGCUCCCACUAGUAGCGCAUGGGCUGCUGAGGUUGCCAAGCGCGCCACUGAGUCUCCUGUAGUCUCCGAGAGCGCUCCUCUUCUCGACACUUUCGAGCAAAGUGCUACCAACGGCGCCUCCGAGGAGGACCAACUGGCGUUGGCCAAGCAGAUCAGCCAGGACGACUCAGGCUGGAACACUGUACCCAAGGGUAAGAAGCAGCAGAAGAAGACCGUUCCCGUGGCCGGCUCCGAAGACUCCAACGCUAGCGACGCUGGCUCAGUCGUCAACGCACCCAUCAAGAAGGUUGCCCCUCUGCCCAAGGUCACCGCACCUGCUCCCAAGGCCACAACUGCUUCGACCAACGGAUUCUCGUCUCUCUAUGAUUCCGGAUAUGACGCAGGCAGCCACCCCGAUGACUCUCAGUGGGCCGCUUGAUCAAGCCGCCGUUAAGCAACACACGCCAAAUGGCCAACUUCACUAGGCUCAUCCGGAUGAAUGAGCGCUAGACAUUUCGUGAUCUCCUACAAGCACCUUUUGACGAACCCAUAAUGUUUGGGUGUCGAGGCAGAAUGGCAAAUUUGUUUUCAAUUCAUGUUUUCCAAGCGAAGGUAUUCCCACAGGGCAUGUCGAGGGGGUUUGAUUCUUUCCUUACAGUCGACAAGGUCCAAGGCCGCAUAAAAGAAAAACAGGAGACAAAGAGAUGCGGCUUGACUGAAAAAAGGCGUACAGAG